CACGAAUCCGACGGCUAUCAGCUUCCUUCCCCCCCUACUCUCUCAUCUCAGCUUAACCUUAGAUAACAAUUUUAAAACCCCCACAAACUCAGUAAUCGAAUCGAAACUAUUCUUUGUCUCUCUCACACUCUUCACUCUACGACCUACAAGGGUUUGGGAAAUUACUUUUAAGCAACCUGAUUACUAACUGCAAUGGCAACAAGGAUUGCUGCAAGAUAUGUAUCUCGUAGGCUUUCGAGCAGUGGUAAAAUUUUUAGUGAGGAGGAAAAAGCUGCAGAAAAUAUUUACAUUAAGAAAAUCGAGCAAGAGAAGUUGGAGAAGCUUGCGCGCAAGGGGCCUAAACCAGAGGAAAAACCACCAACAAGCUCAGGGGGACCUGCGACUGAUGUUAAGCCUAGUGGUCCGGCCACCUCCUCAACCUCCGGAGUGUCAACUGACAAGGACAGAAACUAUGCAGUUGUAGCUGGUGCAGUAGCUAUCUGCGGUGGUCUGGGAUGGUGGUACUUCGCGUCGAGGAAGAAGAAGACAGAAGAAGUGCAGGACUAAUGUUGAUAAGAUCAACCAGUGUGGUGACCGAAAUGGUUGGUUUUAAAUUUCUGGCUUUCUUAUGGUAAUUAUCAAAAAAUAAAAUAUACCUUUGUACGAAAGCACUGGCUCUGUUUUUUAUCCAUCUGUUACACCUUUUAUGGUUCAUGAAAAUUAGCCGGAGAUAGGAGAAUUUAUCCACUGUUCCAUUAGAGUUGAACUUUCUGUUCCUAUCCGGUGAUUGAUAGAAAAAAAAAAGAGUUUCUUCUUGGCUU